AUGGCGUCUGGAGGGGCCAGAUAUCUGAGAUAUAUUCUCUUUGCCUUCUUUGGGCUGGCGGUCAUCUACUUCAUUUCAUCUUCCUCGACACCAAGAGUCCCUUCCGACCUACUUGAUAACAAGAAGGAUUUCACUGGCAUACCCACCAAGGCCGGUUCUGAUCUGAAGAACACGACACCGAAUACAGCUGGGGGUCUUGCUCCUGCCACCAAUGAUGGACCUCGAAUGAAUGCGACAUUCGUCACGUUGGCACGAAACUCAGACUUAUGGGAGAUUGCGCGAUCAAUUCGUCAGGUGGAGGACCGAUUCAACAGGAAGUUCCAUUAUGAUUGGGUAUUCUUGAACGACAAGCCCUUCGACGCAACAUUCAAGAAGGUCACUACGUCAUUGGUAUCUGGCACCACUCACUAUGGAGAAAUUCCCAAGGAACAUUGGUCUUUCCCAGACCACAUUGAUCAAGAGAAGGCCCGCAAGGUUCGUGAGGAUAUGGCCCAACGGAAGAUUAUCUAUGGAGACUCUAUCAGCUACCGUCAUAUGUGCCGAUUCGAAUCUGGCUUCUUCUUUCAGCAACCAUUGAUGCUUAACUACGAAUGGUACUGGCGAGUUGAGCCAAGCGUAGAGCUUUUCUGUGACAUUGACUACGACGUCUUCAAAUUCAUGGCCGAUAAAAAGAAGAAGUACAGCUUCGUGCUAAGCCUAUACGAAUACGUGGAGACUAUCCCUACUUUAUGGGACAGCACCAAGAAGUUCAUGAAGGCGCAUCCCGAGCACAUUGCCAAGGACAAUUCUAUGGGAUUUUUGAGUGACGAUGGCGGAGAGACGUACAAUCAUUGUCAUAUGUGGUCCAACUUUGAAGUUGGUAACCUCAAUUGGCUGCGAUCGAAAGCCUACACCGACUAUUUCGAAUCUCUUGACCAGGAUGGUGGAUUCUUCUACGAGCGUUGGGGCGACGCUCCAGUACAUUCGAUUGCUGCCAGUCUUCUCCUGAACAAAGAUGAAAUCCACUUCUUCGAGGACAUCGCCUACUACCACGUUCCAUUUACCCAUUGCCCAACCAGUGACAAGCAGAGGUUGGAACUGAAGUGUCACUGCAAUCCAAAGGAUAACUUCGACUGGAAGGGAUACUCUUGUACAUCACGAUUCUUCGAUAUUAACGGGAUGGAAAAGCCAGAGGGAUACGAAAAUCAACAAGACUAA